AUUCAGUUUAAUCCAAAACCCACAACGUCCACCAUAUUCAAAAUCGAACACACCUUUCUUCGUUCAAAAUAUCAAAACCCUUCCUUCUCUUCCAUUCCCUCUUCUUCUCUUUUCUUUCAGAUUCGCUUUAUCUUUCCAUUCCUUCCUCACACAGCUUAAACCCUAAUUCCUUCUUCUCUCUCUUUCUUUCUCUCAUUUCCUCUCUCAGUUUAAAUUUAUAUACCGAAUCCAAUUUCGAUCAAAACCCUAACCAGCUUCAACCAAUCAAGAUAAUUAACAAAUUCAAUCACAAACGCUGUUUUGAAUUUGUCGGAUAUGGAACACGGGGAAGGAAGCGGGAAAAAUUCAGAGGCAAUGCAGUGUGUCCGUGUUGCUGUCAACAUUCGACCGUUGAUUACGGCCGAGCUUCUCCACGGAUGCACCAAUUGCAUCACUGUCCCUCCUGGAGAAUCUCAGGUGCAAAUUGGUUCACACGCGUUCACUUAUGAUUUUGUAUAUGGGAGUUCGGGGUCACCAUCAUCUGCUAUAUAUGACGAUUGUGUGGCUCCACUUGUUGAUGCGUUAUUCCAUGGAUACAAUGCAACUGUUCUUGCUUAUGGCCAGACUGGAUCUGGUAAGACUUACACAAUGGGAACAAAUUAUACUGGAGAAGAAAGUGCUGGUGGAAUUAUACCCAAGGUGAUGGGGACCAUAUUCAAGAGGGUUCAGGAUUUGAAAGAAUCCACUGAAUUUUUGAUUCGAGUAUCUUUUAUUGAGAUUUUCAAGGAGGAAGUAUUUGAUUUGCUUGAUUCCAAUGCAUCUAGAGGAGAACUAGCUUGUAAUGCAAAGCCUACUGUGCCUGGUAGAGUUCCAAUACAGAUUAGAGAGACUUAUAAUGGAGGAAUAACCCUGGCUGGUGUGACAGAGCCUGAAGUCAAGACUAAAGAAGAAAUGUCGUCUUAUCUUUCUCGUGGUUCCAUGUCACGUGCCACUGGGAGUACAAAUAUGAAUAGUCAAUCAAGUCGUUCGCAUGCUAUAUUUACCAUUAUAAUGGAGCAAAAGAAUGGUGACGACGUCUUAUGUGCAAAGCUACAUUUAGUUGAUCUUGCGGGUUCUGAACGAGCAAAAAGAACGGGUGCAGAUGGAAUGCGCUUGAAAGAAGGUAUUCAUAUCAACAAGGGGUUGUUGACUCUUGGAAAUGUAAUAAGUGCACUAGGAGAUGAAAGAAAGCGAAAAGAAGGAGGCCAUGUGCCGUAUCGUGAUAGCAAAUUAACACGCCUACUGCAGGAUUCUCUUGGAGGGAACAGCAAAACAGUGAUGAUAGCAUGUGUCAGUCCCGCUGACACCAAUGCUGAAGAGACGUUGAAUACGUUAAAGUAUGCAAAUCGUGCGCGGAACAUACAAAACAAGGCAGUUAUUAAUCGUGAUCCGAUCGGCGCCCAACAACAGAGAUUGCAAAGUCGUAUUGAGCAAUUGGAGGCUGAACUUCUUUGUUAUAAAGGUGUUGCUGGGGGACCAUCGGAGGAAAUUCAGAUCCUUAAACACAAGGUAUCCUUACUUGAAGCAAGCAAUGCAGAGUUACAGCGCGAGCUUAACACACGUGGACGAACUUGUGAGAGUUUAAAACAACGUGCUUGCGAUGCUCAGGUUGAAAAGGACCAAUUGAUCUUGAAAAUAGAAGCAAUUCGAAAUGGUAAAUCUUGGGAUGAGGUUGACUCCAGUUCAAAUCAGGAUUAUGACAUGGUGAAAUCUUAUGUUUCAAAGAUCAAUGAUUUGGAAGGGGAAUUGUUGCAUUUAAAAAAUUUGAAUGUGAAGUCUAGCCAUUUUGUAGACUGGGUUGAUUCAGAUGAUCUCGGACUCCAGUCAAAGAAUGGUUUAUUUGCAGGUGGUAAUGAGUAUUCUUCUGAUUGUGAUGUCAAACCUGUGGACAUAACAGAUGACGUUGAACCGGUGGAAAUUCAUGAAAAAGAGUUAGAACAUUCUUCUGUUCAAGAAAAGUUGGAUAGGGAGCUCAAAGAAUUGGACAAGAAACUUGAACAGAAGGAGGCUGAAAUGAAGCUGUUUAAUAAUGCGUCAGUUCUUAGGCAACAUUAUGAAAAGAAACUUCUUGAGUUGGAAAAUGAGAAGAAAUUCUUGCAGAAAGAAAUUGAAGAACUCAAAUCCACGUCUGAUGAUGGCGCUCACAAGUUAAAGGGAGAAUAUCUUCAAAAGUUAAAUGCUCUUGAAUCACAGGUCUCUGAGCUGAAGAAGAAACAAGAUGCCCAGGCUCAACUGUUGAGACAAAAACAGAAAGGUGACGAGGCUGCAAAAAGACUUCAGGAUGAGAUUCAAAGAAUUAAAUCCCAAAAGGUUCAACUGCAACACAAGAUUAAGCAGGAAUCUGAACAAUUUAGGUUAUGGAAAGCCUCACGUGAAAAGGAAGUUCUCCAGCUUAAAAAAGAAGGGAGGAAGAACGAAUAUGAGAUGCAUAAGCUGUUAGCUUUGAAUCAAAGAACAAAGAUGGUGUUGCAAAGGAAAACAGAAGAAGCAUCCUUGGCUACAAAAAGGCUAAAAGAACUUUUGGAAUCUCGAAAGGCUUCCUCACGUGAAUCUGGUAUCAGCGGGAAUGGUCCAGGAAUUCAGGCUUUGAUGCAGGCAAUAGAGCAUGAACUUGAAGUCACUGUCCGAGUGCAUGAAGUACGUUCAGAGUAUCAACGUCAAAUGGAAGUGAGGGCUGAAAUGGCCAAGGAGAGUGCCAGGUUAAAAGAAGAAGCAGAGAUGAUGAGGCUAAACAAUACAGGGAGUGAUGUAUCAAUGUCUCCUGGUGCAAGAAAUUCAAGAAUUUUUGCCCUUGAAAAUAUGCUUGCCACUUCUUCUACAACACUAGUGUCCAUGGCAUCUCAGUUGUCAGAGGCAGAAGAGCGGGAACGGAUUUUCAGUGGCAAGGGACGUUGGAACCAAGUCCGGUCACUUGCUGAUGCCAAGAAUUUGAUGAACUAUUUGUUCAAUCUAGCAUCCUCCUCUAGGUGUUCAUUGCGAGAAAAAGAAUUUAUCUGCAGAGAUAAGGACAUGGAAAUACAAGAUCUAAAGCAAAAAAUAGUUAGUCUAAUUCGUUCACUUGAACAGUUGAAAAAGCAGAGGGACGGACUUGAUCAUCAAUUGAGGUUGCUGAGGGAGAAGCAAUACUCAGAAUAUUAUGUUGGAGGACAUCAUUAUGACUUACGCAAGUUGGAAAACCGACGAUCUACCAUGUUAUUUGAGGAUAUGGAAAUAUCAGAUGCAGAAUCAGAUGACUAUGUUGUAGAUGCAACCGAUGAUGAAUGGGUAGAGUCUGCAAAAUUGCCUGGUAGGAAAAGAAAAUCUAAAGGCGGUGAACAUUCAAGCACGGAAAAAAUCCAUUCCAAUAUCAGUUCAGAUGAUGUCAAAGAUAUUUCGGCAGAAGCACGGGAUAUUCCAACCGAAGCACCAGAUGGUGGUCCAUCUAGAGAAACUGCAUCAGAUGUUUGCUGCUCUUGUAGCAAACAAUCGUCUUGCAAGACAUCAAAAUGCGCGUGCAGAGUCUUGGGAGUUGGUUGUGGAAGUUCGUGUGGUUGCCGGGAAACCAAGUGUGCCAACAGGGGAUCGGUCUCCAAUGAGGGAACACAAUCAGUAUCUGUUGAAGGGACUGGAAGUGAUUCUGGUAUUGAUGAAGCAGAUAAAGAGCGCCUUCUUGCUACUCAAGGUGCUGAGUUGCUUCAAGGUGCACUGGUUGAGGGGCCUGCUGAAGCCAAGAGUGAUAAUGGGCCAAGAAAACCUCUCUCUGACAUUGGAAAUAAACUGGCUAAAUCAAAUGCCCCAAAGGUUAACCAGAGAAAGAAAUGGCGCAAGUCCGCGAUAGUUCUUGUUACAGAGCCACCACCAUCUUCCUCGCAGUCUGAUAAUCCUGAUGUCCCCAAGAAAGAGAAGAAUAACGUUAGUGAAACAAAUAUAUAUGUGGAUAUACCACAAAAAAUGCAUCCUUCUAAAUUUGAAAAUGCUUCCAUUCCACCGAAGCCUGAGAUUAACAUUAUGGACACAAAAAUACCUUUAAGAAUACCACGGGCCAUGCAAAAGCAAGGGUCAUCAAAUACAAGCAUUCCAUUGGGGGACAGAAAUGCUAGUAAGCAAGAUGAAUCAUCGAUCAAUAGAAAGGAGCCUGAAGUUGAUGCUACAAUUCCAACUCAUCCAAAAAGAACACUCGAGAAAGAGAACAGUGGUCUUUGAUUGUGCCUACAUUUCUUAAUUCUUAGUUACACAAGAAUUUAUGAAUGCAUGAUAUCAUUUGCCAUAUUCUUAUGGUGAACUUAUUGAAGACAGAUACUCUUCUUGGUGUUAAUGUAUUGGGUGACUAAAGUCGUAUGAUAAUUAAAUUGAUUUUCCGUUUGUCUUUAGUAGGCAAAUGGUAGGCCUCAAAAUUUGUGCAUUAGGCGUUUAUGCAAAUGAUUAUGUGGUGGUUACCUAAGGAUUGUCACGGCCUAGCCUUUGAGUGAAAUCCAAUCAAGGAUCAACAUGAGUUUUCUUUUUGGUGACUAAACAACAAUAUGAGCUGAACUCGUACAAAUGUGUAUUCAUUAUAUUGAUUUUUGUUUUAUUAUUA